AUGAAACCAGUGCACAAUGUUCUGCAAGAUGCUAAAAAUGACAGCCUGGAGAAGUCUGACAUUGAUGAGAUCAUCUUGGUCGGCGGCUCCACUCGAAUCCCCAAGAUCCAGGAGAUGGUGAAAGAGUUCUUCAACGGCAAAGAGCCUUUCAAAGGAAUCAACCCCAAUGAAGCCGUGGCGUACGGAGCCGCCGUUCAGGCCGGAGUUCUGUCCAGAGAAGAGGGCACCGGUGACCUGGUGCUUCUGGAUGUGUGCCCUUUGACCCUGGGUAUUGAGACUGUUGGAGGAAAUAUGACCAAGCUUAUUCCCAGAAACACCGUCGUGCCCACCAAGAAAUCACAGAUCUUCUCCACUGCUUCUGACAACCAGACAACCGUGACCAUCAGUGUUUAUGAAGGUGAGCGUCCCAUGACCAAGGAUAACCUCCUUCUGGGAACCUUUGACCUGACCGGCAUCCCUCCUGCACCCCGCGGCAUCCCUCAGAUCGAGGUCACCUUCGAGAUCGACGUGAACGGCAUCCUCCGUGUCACUGCUGAGCACAAAGUCAUGGGAAACAAGAACAAGAUCACCAUCACAAACGACCAUAACCGCCUGACACCCGAAGACAUCAAGCGCAUGGUGAACGAUGCAGAAAAGUUUGCUGAAGAUGACAAGAAGCGAAAGGAGCGCUUCAACGCCCGCAACGAGCUGGAGAGCUACGCCUACUCUCUGAAGAACCAGAUCGGUGACAAGAAGAAGCUCGGUGGCAAGCUGUCGUCCGAAGAUAAAGAAGCCAUCGAGAAGGCGGUCGAGGAGAAGAUCGAGUGGUUGGAGUCUCAUCAGGAAGCAGAACUCGAAGACUUCCAGGCCAAGAAGAAGGAGCUGGAGGAGGUCGUGCAGCCCAUCGUGAGCAAGCUGUACGGCAGCGCGGGCGGCCCGCCACCAGAAGAGGGCGACGAGCAGGGCAAAAAAGACGAGCUGUAG